AUGUACGCCACUAGACCGAUUGAUUCAUCGGCAAAUAUGCCAACUAUUCAGGUGCAAUGGAAAGGACCCAAUGGAUCUGGUCCCGAGUGGGUGCCCUUGAAACAGGAUUGGAGCGAACGCUGGUGUACACUACCCGAUCGAUUUACAAAUGAAUUCGCACUCCGAAUCCGUGACUUCGAAACGCGAAGUAGUGACGUUUUCUUGGUGACUUUCAUGAAAUCCGGCACUACGUGGAUGCAGGAACUGGCCUGGCUUUUGCUAAAUCAGUUGGAUUACGAAGCAGCUCAGAGCAGUUAUGCAAUGGUUAGGAGCCCAUACUUGGAAAGAUCUAUUCUGUAUCCUGACGCUCCGGAUUCUAUCGCACGUUGUGAUAAAAUGAAGGAUAAUCCUCGACUGAUUAAAUCUCAUUUGCCUGCUCAACUGCUACCCGAACAAUUAUGGAAGCAGGGCCGCAAAAUUAUAUACGUGGCCCGAAAUCCUAAGGAUGUUGUGGUUUCAUCAUAUCACUAUGCCACUGGGCUUAAUUAUUGGCAUGGCAGUUUUGAUAAAUAUGUGGACGAAUUUGUUUCUGAUAAGAUUCCAUAUACCUCCCACUGGGCGCAUGUUAUCGACUUCUAUAGAAUGCGCGAUGAGGAGAAUGUUUUCUUUGUUACCUACGAGGAAAUGAGCCGAAAUCUUCAGGAUGUUAUUAAGAGACUUUCACUGUUCCUAGGCUGCAAGGAAUUAACCGAAAGUGAAAUGGAUAAGCUCUUAAAUCACUUGAGCUUUAAGAAUAUGAAAGGAAGUAAAUAUGGUGAUCACAUCGGCUUGUUGAAAGGUCUUCAUAAAAUUGGCGAUGAUUUCCAAUUUAUGCGUCGUGGUAUUGUCGGCUCCCACAAGGAUGAGUUAGGUGCUGAAAACAAGGAUAAAGUUGAUAAACUAACUUGCACCUUUCUGAAAAAGUAUGGACUCUCUGAAGCCGACAUUUUUGGUGAAGUUUAA